AUGGCUUCACGAUCCGAGAGUAUCCCUUUGCUGAAGACAUGCCAGACGUGUUUCCAUGCCAAGAUCCGAUGUGAAAAGUCUCAGGAGUCGGGGAAAUGCGACAGGUGUUUGCGCUUGAACAAGACAUGCGUCUUUAAUCCUUCGCGACGGCGCAAAACCUUGAGGCCAGGACCUUCUCGAAAUCUUGAAGCUGCCAGCCCUUCAAGAUCGAGGUCACCCUCUCUCACAUCUGCCAACGCCGGUCCAGCCAAUUUCACAGACAGUUCACCAACCUUCACCAACACGCCCAGCAGCAUUGACACGGAUGCGCCCCAGAACCCAUUUGCCCGGGGGCUACUGUCAUUUGAGAAGGGACAAGAUCUUCUCGAUAUCUUUAGGAUACGAAUGUCGCCUCAUUUCCCUUUUGUCGUUGUUCCAGAAAAUGUCCCCAUCCAGGGGCUGGUUCAAGACAAGCCAGCGUUGUGUGUAGCCGUACUCGCAGCAGCUUCACAUGAGGAUCUAAGACUUCAGCAAGAGCUAGGAAGACUUUUCAAUGAAAUUGUGGUCGUUAGAAUGAUAAAAGGGCCUUUUGCAAGUCUCGACAUGUUGCAAGGGCUAUUGGUGCAUCUGGCGUGGGCGCAUUUUCAUCACGGAACAAUGAAGUAUACUCAACAUUUAUCACUUGCAGCUAGUAUCAUAUCAGACAUGAGACUCGAUCGACCACGGGUAGCAUCACUAUGGGCGCUGAACAGGGAGACCAAGCAAGGCGCUGGGGACAUGACCCAUGAUGAGAUGAGAGCUUUAGCCGGGACAUAUUAUCUCUCUUCAAGUUCUGCAGUGUUGCUGCAAAAGUCACAUCACUUUAGAUACUCACCUUUCAUCCUCGAAUGCUGCCAUAAGCUCCUAUCAGGAGGCACCUCCCCUUUUGACAGGCAUCUCCCGUACAUAAUUUACCUUCAAAAGCUCACUGAAGAAGUUGACGAUGCCGUCAUUGAAGCCACAGGCGCGAUGCGUGGAUCGAGACAGGAUCGACUCCCGGCCGAACUUCAUAGGAUCAGAGAACGAUAUACUACGACAAAAUCAUCAUUGCCAUUUCCUCUCAGUGAGAGCCCCACAAUCUUACUACAACUACAUGUCCUCGAUCUCCUCAUCUGCCAACCUUCACCAGAUGGCGUCUCAUAUGGCCCUAGUGGCUUCCAGAGUUUACAACAAGGCACAGACCAAAACCGUCUACUAGACUGGCUAUCGCAGAGCAUGUCGGCUGCCAAGUCUCUUAUCAGCGUGAUCCUCUUACUUCCCCAAGGCGAAGAAGACACAAUGCCCAAUAUUGGCUGGAUCAUGUUAUACUGCGCAGUUUCACUAGCCGUACGCCUCGAUCUUGUAGCAGCGCAGCCCGAGAACGCACAAACUGCAGGUCAUCUCCGCCGUAUUCUCGACAUGCCUCACACUCUUCGUCAAAUCGUGUUACGGAUGGAAGCCGCUUCCGGACAGGAAACAAGUGAUGGCGAAACAGACCCAUACCAUGGUCUUGCACGAAGAGCACGCCAUAUCGAAAGAUGGUAUCUCGACCGUUGCGCCCCUGUCGAGUCGCCUGAGAUUGGAAGUCUAUUCGCAUCCACCGAAACAUCACCGUCAAAUCCUUUUACGACAACAGAUAUGGGACUUACACCGUCAUCUUUUCAGGAGGCUAGUUUGGUGCCUACUGUACAUAUAACGGGCGAAGUAGAGGACUCCUGGAUGACGAAUCUGCUGGCGGAUAUUGAUGUCGAUGUUGGAAUGGAGAGCCUGCUGUUCACGGGACCGUUUGACUUUCUUGGUGAUCGCCAGACAUGA